UCGGGAGACUCCUCCUCAUCUCUUGGACUGCCGCGGGUACAGCGGAAGGACGAGCCCGCCGACGUCGACGACGCCCGAACCCGACCCGCCACGCCGCCGGCGACCUCUGCCGACCCGGACCGAAUCGCAUACGUCUUCUUCUGCCACGAUGGCCAACGACAUGGAGUCGCUUCACUUGCCCCGCCUCGACCUUGGCAUCUUCAAGAGCAGCUGCCGGUACCUCGAGCGCAUUGGCAAGCCUUCGAUCCCGUUCCAGCCGCCGGCGUGGGCCCUCCCGGCGUCGCGCAAGCCUGCAUCGGUCGCGCUCAUCGACGUCUUCAAGCUCAACGAAGUCAUUGCGAGUGUGAGCGUCGACACCAAGUCGUACUUUGUGUUUGGCCGCAACGCGCUCGUCUGCGACAUCGUCUUGGAGCAUUGCUCCAUUUCUCGCAUGCACGCCUGCUUGGUGCACCACAGUGACGGCUCAGCUUACAUUGUCGACUUGGGCUCUUGCCACGGCACAUUCAUGGACGCCGAGAAGCUCGAGCCCCUUCGACCGACCCUCAUCACGCACGGCGCCCAACUACGGUUUGGCGUCUCGUCGCGCUCGUACCGCUUCAAGACGUUUGAGUCGCGCGAGCAGAUUCUGCGCCGCCUCCACGCAACGGUCGGGCUGCACGACGACGAGCGCUUGCUGCAGACGAAUACGCUGUUGAACCGCUUCGUGUCGUACCGGCUCGACGUGCCUGCCCAAACGCACCAGUCGGUGGUGCAUCCCCACAGUAGGCCUCCCGCGCUGCGAACCGUGACCUCACGUGCUCGUGCAGAGGCCGCGAACCGCGUGGCUUCCAACUCGACCGACACGAACGAAGACACGUCGCAGGUCGAGGACGAGUCGUCGUCGUCGUCGACGUCGUCGCACCGCCACUCGGCCGAGAACCUCGACUCGUUUGCCAUGGUCGACAUUGCCGAAGAGCCAUCGCAGCGGCCGCUCGCGUCAAGGAAGCGCACGCGGCCGCUCUCGGCGACAGACCGGACCAACCAAGUGUUUUUGACGUUCGAUAUGAAGCGCGUCCAGUUCGUGGUCGACCCGCCGACGAUCAUUCCGCCGCCGCCGCCGUCGGAUGAAGCGUACGAUCAGCACGCUCGGAGCCAUGUCGUCGCCAAUGAGCCUGAUGAUGUAGCGAUGGAGUGUGACGACGACGACGAGUAUGCAGCGGCCGUCCCGCCGCUUCUGAACUAUGGCCCGAUGGGCGACACUCCCAUGGACGAGUACAUGAUGGAGAACCCUUUUGCGACCGUGGCGCCCGACUCGGGUCGCUGUGCGAUGCCGCUGAGCCUUCAGUUCCCACUCUGCAGCGACCGCCCGUCCCUCGACUUUGGCCGGCGACGAUCGACGAUCGGCUAAGACGACGUGUAAUAUUAUAUUUCUGUGUUCGACUUGGC